CAGAAUGCAAGGCCGCAGCUGUUGCGGCAAUCUACAAGGACUCAUACAGAAGGGUCUCCUUUCUCCAAAAGUGUGAUAAGGAAAAUAGAAUUACUGGGUGAACGACUCUCUGAGUUCGAGCACACGGUGUUCAGCAAUCAAAUGAAAAUAUUGGCAGAACUGAAAAGUCUGAGGGCGCUCGUACACAGCAACUCAAAGGCAGCUCCAAAUCUGCGGCUGCCAGAUUCUUGUCCUGCCCUGCCCGCUACGACUGGAGAAGCUGUCCGCAAUUUAGAAGACUACCUGGGGAAUGAAGAGAAUUCUCAUAAACUGGUUACAUACUUCUCCAAGUUCGGCGGAACAGACAUUGGGGACACAUUGCGCAGGCUGCUAAGAAGCUUCCUGUCGAAGGAAGCUUCACUGCAGUUUAGUUGGAAAGGCUCAGGAGGAAGGAAACUGGCGUUUGCCAACCUCAAGAACAUCAACGACCUUCUGCUUGGCUGCGUCAUGGUAAACCAUGCCAAUGCAUCGAUGCAGGACGUCUGCAAUGUGGUGAAAAGGUGGUUGGUGGGCGCCCAAGACAGGGAAGGUGGCCGAUCACGGAGGCGUCAUGAAGAAAACGUCCAUGAGUCGCCAUGAGCGUUCGCACGAAUUCGUGUAAUAAGAGU